CCUCCUAUCUCCUCAGGCGCCCUCUCUCCUUUCCUCAAACCUCACCAUCAUCAUCUCACUUUCGGGCCUCGACAUUCAUCAUUUUCCUUUCCAUGCCCAUCAUGAAUCCCUUCUCUCCAGCCUUCGUGCCUGGCUUUGCUCGCCAACAGAGCCAGAGCUUGAUCUCUGCUCCUAACGACAGUAACACCGUCCCUCAACUGACACCCAUGCUUGCCAGCUCUUAUAGCCCCAACUCAGAUCCACUUGUUGCGCACGGAAUGAACACACUCCCGGCUCUAUCUAGGCCUGACAGGCACUCGCACGAGAAGAUUCCUCAAGCCCAAUCUACUGUAAUGAUGCACCCUCCACACAAGCCUCGCCAGGUGGAAAUUGCGUCGCCCAUUUCGCACCGCAAUCACCAGCCGCUGUUGCAUAGGCUGAACAAUUUUGACAUUCAGAGCCCUUCUGAGAGCUCCAGUGUUUUGGCUGCAUACAAAAAGAACGCCGACAAAGUUACCACCCCAAGCGAAAUGCCAAUCGGAAGCCUAGUGCACCUGAAAGAGCCCCCAACCUGGGGAGUCGUCAAGAUAUCCAACAUUCCUUACUCCAUCACGAAGCAGGAGAUUUUCCAGUUUCUGGGUCGUCAGGCACGCCUCAUAACUCCCGAAAAUGGUUGUCCCAUUCACAUCAUCAUGGAGCGCUCGACCGCGAAGACCAUGGACUGCUAUGUGGAGUUUAAAAGCCAGACCGACGCCAAAGACACUGUGAUCCGCAUAAACCGUAUCUACGAGACUGGGAGAGCUCCUCGCCUGGGUAAUCGCCAUGUUGGUGUUGAGUUGACUGAUCAGAACGAGCUCUUGAAAGACCUGUUUCCUCACGCAAAGUGUAUUGUUUGGCGAGGUGGCGUGCCCUACCGUGUGCCGAAUGACGACCCUUACUGCUCUGGCUUCGUCGGCUUCUUCACUGGCGAGGAGAUCAUUCUGGCCAUUCGACAUGCUGAAAUACCCAAUCGUUCCCCGUUUCAGGAGAAAUGUCCGCAACGCAGUUAUGAGAGUACCAUUAGCACACUUUACAAGUACCCCUGGCAUGCCCCCGAGCUAUACACGGUGCAUGAUCGCAAUCAACUUUUCGAGUUGGCCAAUCGUCACAUAAAAUCCCUUGUCGCGCGUAUCAAGAGAUACAAUACCGUGGGUCUUGACCAGAAACUUCUCUAUGAUCUUCUCCACGCUGGUCUCAACUGCCCUGCGUUCAAUGAGCGCCAGAAGUACACUCUCUGCAUCAACUCUGAGAUCUCAAGCGAGAUAAACAAGUUCCCCGAGCUUGGAAAAUGGUUCCCGUUUGACAGUCUUGUCAAGAUGCCCAAUUUCCCGGAGGAAAUCCAUAGGUACUAUGCAGGGUUGAUCUCAAUCGGCUCCGUGCCGAAAAUCGGAAACAUUGAGCUUCCCAAUAUGUUCCCUGUGGAUCAUCCGACGCUUCGUUCUCCGUAUGGGCCUAUCUGGUUCGAAUGGCCACAAUCUAUUUCAGUCAAUAUCACUUGGGAAUCCGCCGUCAACCAUGAGAUGGUCAUCCUAUCUAGUCUUGUCUUCAGUGGUUGGAUCAACGAUGAUAUGGAUACCAUGCUGAACCUCCGACGAGUGUCUGGUGAAUCUUCAUUCUCCCUUGCACCCUGCACUGGCCGCAAGGUUUCUGUCUCGCCUAGCGAGACCGAGGGAAGCCAGGCUCAAAGUGAGCUGUCUUCUCGUGCUGAUAUCUGCGCAGCUCCGUCUCGCCGCGCGAGUGAAUCUGCAAGUAUCGGUGGUGCUCUUAACCUCAACAACCCUGGUACUCUCUGGAACCAGAAGUUGCUUCUGUAUCCUGGCAAAAAGCGCCCCGCCUAUCUCGGCCAUCGCAUCACCCAGUCGUCUCCUAUGUGCCUCCCGUCUCCCACCACUAAUCCUUGGGGUGAGGAACGCGAAGACUAA